AUGAAAAAUAUUUUUAGUUAUUUCUAUGGAUCAUCUGUAAAUUAAUUAUUAAGUAUAAUAGGAAAACAAAAAUAGUGAGAUUAAAGAUCCUAAACUUGAUUAACAAUUUGAAACAUUUAUUUUUGAAUUUACUUCAAAUGAAUAUUUUCCUGUAUAUGAGAAAUGGACAAAAGGAGAAGAAUAAGAAUAUAUAGGUUUUUAGUUAUUCCUAAUUUAGAUUAUAAGUUAUAAGAUAUAGAAGACAUUUACUUAAAUAACUAUGACUAGCAAUUAAAAUUUUAAUAAGAAGAGAAAAACUUAGUAGAUUAUAUUGUAUAAGAAGAUGAUACAUUAUUUGGAUUAGAAUUGAAAUUUAAUAUAAAGUAAUUAGGAAGUUAAUAAUAAAGUUAGAAUAGAAUUUUAAAAAUUAAUGACAUUUCUCAAGAGUGCUUUGUUCCUGGAAUGAAGAUUAAAAUUCCAAUUGUGUAAUAAGAAUAAAACUAAGGUUUCUUUUAAGAAAGUGAAACUAAUGAUUUUUAAUUGAAUUAAUCAUCAUUUUAUGGAAGAAACUUAAUGGAUGAAAUCAUGUCUAGAGGAUAAACAAAAAAAUGUAUAUUCAAUUUUAAUUGAAAGUCAAUGUUUAUUAUGUGACAAAUUAUGGUUGUAUAGAAGGAGUUUUAACAGUGAAUAGUGAUGUCAUAUUAUUUGAUCCUAGUUUCGUUGAUAGAAAUAAAGAAUUAGUUUAAAAAUGUCAUAGUACAAAGCUAACUAAUAUAUUCUAGAAUAAAGCAUUCUCAAUUUUUAAGCAUGUCUUAUGACUGAUGACGUGAUAUCAGUUGAUUUAAAUGAAUUACCUAUGAGAAUAGCAAAAUCUAGUUCUAAAUGCUUUAAAGAUUAUUUAGUUAUGGUACAUGUAAGUGCAAAUGUAUCUUGUAAAAAAUUGCUAGAAGUUUUACCUAUUCUAACUUUUAGAGUAAAAUUAUUUAAAUUAAUAUUUAGAUUUAAAAUGAUGAUGAUUAAAAAGAAUUUAAAAUUCAAAGCAUUGAUUUAUGUGAGACAUUAGCUGAUGUUGUCAAAACAAAAUCAGAAAGAAUGCUUGAUGAGUAGAAAAAGAAGGAAUAAGAUUUAACAAUUAUUCCUUUUUAUGAUAUUUAAGAUUCAACUUUAACAGAGAAGUUUAUAGAAAGAACAAAUUAAUUAUGGGGAGGAUAAGAUUUUAUUCCAUAAAUGGUUUCUGAAUCUUAAAUUUUAGAUAAUGAUGAAAUGAUUUAAGUAAUAAUAAAUUAUAUUAUUUUUAGAUAAUUGCAUAUGUUCCAUCAAUUUUUAAAACAUCAAAUUGGAAAUUAAUAUUUUCAAAUGUUAUACAUGGUUCAUCAUAUUUAACAUUACUUAAUAAUUGUGAAAACCAUUCUCCAUUAAUAUUAGCAAUCAAAGAUUUUAAUGAAUGUAAAUUUGGAGCUUAUUUAAAUGAAUCACCAUAAUUAACAUAUGGAAAGUUUUUUGGAAAUGGUGAAACAUUUUUAUGGACUUUUAAAGUAUUGUUAUUAUAUAUGAAUAAUAUUAGUAAAAUGAUUUCAAAACCUAUAAUUGGACAGAAGCAAAUAAUUAUUUUAUAUUUUGUGAAUCAGAUGGAUUGGCAGUUGGAUGUGGAGAAAAAUUUGGUUUGUAUGUUAAUCAUUCUUUGAUGAAUGGAAACACAAAUACAUGUGAGACAUAUAAAAAUGAAAUCUUAUCAAUUUCUAAUGAUUUUAGUAUAUAAAUACUUGAAAUCUGGGGAUUAAGUGAAUGAU